UAUAAAUCGGCAAAAGCACGCCGCUAAGCGCUGCGUCGAUUGAACUAAGCAGAAGCACAGGUCGACACGAGUCUCCCUGGCGACGUCUGCGAAACGAGAACGUCUACGCGCCUGUGUGCAGUGUCAAAUAAGCGGGAGAGCUCUGGCUGAUUCAGAGGCCAGAAUUGAGUCCCGGCCGACCGCGUCAAAAAGAAUGAUCACAGAAAUACCGGAACAGCUCGCCGGCGAGGCGAUGGGCUUCCUCGAGCCGCGCGACCUCGGGAGCGCGUGCCACGCGCUCGGCGGCUCACAAGCGCUCGCCGAGACGGCGUGCUGGUGCGCGCUGCGGCGGUCGUGGGACGACAUAGAGCUCUACGCAGCCGAAGAAACGUGGCGCUCCCUCUACGCGGCGCAGUUUGCCAUGACCAGAAUCCUGUCCGAACAUAUCAUGACCGAUCAACCUGAUAGCCUUCCUACUCUCAGUAACAUCGCCCGCUACGUACUCACAGGGCUAAGGCCUCCCUACGAAAUGUUAACAGCGGGCCUCGUGUUUGUCGAGCGCGCGCUCGUGGAGAUCGCGCCACUGGUGUCGCGUCAGCGCCUCGUCGCCGCGGCCCGACGGCUCGGUCGCGACGGCAAGUGGGAGGUCGCGGCGGAGCUCCUGCGCGCGGCUCUCGCCGACAACGACUACGACGACUCCGUCGUUACCGAUGAUGAGUCGACCGCCGAUGACGCCGCGGCUUCAUCGGACCGAGGAGGCCUCCUCCGCCGCGUCGUCGACUGGCUCCGGACGCGGCGCAACCCCAGCCCGACGCCGCCGCCGCGAGAGGCGCCGCGUGUCCGCCGGGACGCCUUGGCGCCGCGCUGGGCCGCGCAGCUGCGCAUCGAGACAUCGACGUUCCUCGUGGACCGGCUCUACGCCUCUACGUACGUCUAUGCUUCCGAUGGCGACGGGCAAUGUGUUGCGACGGCAUUGCGCGAGGGCCGCGCCGCCGUGCGUGCGCUCGUGGCGUUUGACGGAGACGAGAGCGAUGCCCCUGCACCCGCCGACGCGCGCUGGGCCGAAGUCAGCCUCCCUCCGCUGCCCUAUCAACUCGCCGAAGCGCGCCUCGCUCACGGCCGCGCCGCAGCACUGUGCGCGCAGCACGUGGCUUUGGGCGCGUCCCACUCGAACGAGGACUGGCGCAGAAUCUUUCAGGAGGGCUCGGACGCGUUUGAGGCCGUACGCGCUGACGGCGUCGACGCCGAGCAGCGCGCCCGCGCGGCGGCCGGGCUGGCCGAAUUGUGGUACUGUCAGGCCUCCGCGGGGUCGCUGCAUCUCCGCGACCACGAAUCGUUCGAAGCCGUGCAAAGUCUUGCGCGCCGGUCCAUCGCGAAGACGCACGAGGCGCUCGCGGAGAUCCGAGAGCUAGGCUUGGGCGAGACGCGGCUUGCAGCCACGAUGCUGAAAGAUCUCGGCAAGGUCCAUGGCUUCCUCGCGAGCAUCUUCGGCGGGAGCGAGGCGACUAGUCGCCAGUUUUUGGCCGAGGCCCUACGAAUCCAGCAGCGGCUCGAUCGCCCCGCGGAGUGCGAGACUGAAAAUAUCCAGCGGCUCAUGCGCGACCGGCCGAACAACCGGGCCGAUCUAGACGCGGAGAUCCUCACCUUGGACGGGGAUCAGAUCGACGUCGUUCUCCACGACGUCGCCGAGCAGCAACAAAACCAACCCGACGACGACGACGACGACGACGACGACGACACGUAACAUGUAUUUUCACACAUACUUAGGCAACCGCCCCUCACUC